GGGUCCGAGGGCGCCGCGCCCUUGCCCUGGGCCCGGGCUCUGCCCACUGCCGCCGGCCCGCGUCCCCGCGCUGCGCCGCCCGGCCGGGUGCAUGCAUUGUGGGCCUCCCGACAUGGUCUGCGAGACGAAGAUCGUGGCUGCGGAGGAUCAUGAGGCACUGCCGGGGGCCAAGAAGGACGCGCUGCUCGCCGCCGCCGGAGCCAUGUGGCCCCCGCUGCCCGCAGCGCCCGGGCCGGCCGCCGCGCCCCCACCCGCACCAGGUCCCCAGCCCCACGGAGGCACGGGGGGCGCGGGGCCGCCGGAGGGGCGCGGCGUGUGCAUCCGCGAGUUCCGCGCAGCCGAACAGGAGGCGGCGCGCCGCAUCUUCUACGACGGCAUCUUGGAGCGCAUCCCCAACACGGCUUUUCGCGGCCUGCGGCAGCACCCGCGCAUCCAGCUGCUCUACGCCCUGCUGGCGGCCCUCUGUUUUGCUGUGACCCGCUCACUGCUGCUGACAUGCCUGGUGCCCGCUGGGCUCCUGGCCCUGCGCUACUACUACAGUCGAAAGGUGAUUCUGGCCUACCUGGAGUGUGCGCUGCACACGGACAUGGCUGACAUUGAGCAGUACUACAUGAAGCCACCUGGUUCCUGUUUCUGGGUGGCUGUGCUGGAUGGCAACGUUGUGGGCAUCGUGGCCGCACGGGCCCAUGAGGAGGACAACACUGUGGAGCUGCUCCGCAUGUCCGUGGACUCACGUUUCCGCGGCAAAGGCAUCGCCAAGGCUCUGGGUCGGAGGGUGCUGGAGUUUGCCAUGUUGCACAACUACUCUGCAGUGGUACUGGGCACCACAGCUGUUAAGGUGGCAGCCCACAAGCUCUAUGAGUCACUGGGCUUCAGACACAUGGGCGCAAGCGAUCACUACGUGCUGCCUGGCAUGACCCUCUCGCUGGCCGAGCGCCUCUUCUUCCAGGUCCGCUACCACCGCUACCGCCUGCAGCUACGCGAGGAGUGACCACCACCACCUGCCCACCACCCUGUCUGCCCCCGUUCACCUCUGCCCUCCUGCUCGCUGCCCAGUGCGGCCCUGCUUUCCAAUGCUCACCUUGGCGUUAGUUUGGGUUUUCCUUUUUCAGCAUCAUGCUGGUUCAUCACCUGGCUGGUUUUGGGGGCCACAGGGUGUUGCUCAUCUGCAACACUGUGGUGGGUUGAAUUGUCUGCAGCCACAGCCCUUGCCUCCCCAGCCCAUCAGAGUGGCUCGUCAUGCCUUGAAGAGUAGCAUUGUGGACCACCUGGACUAUCCACAAAGCUGCCCGGCCUGCCUCCAUCAGGGAAGGACUAGCCUUGCCCACCAAGCACAGAACCUCUACAACCAGCCCCCCAAGGAGCAGACCCCUGGCCCCCAGCCAGGCUAAGGCUCAGCCAUUGGCCUCUGGAAGAGUGGCCUGCUGGGUUGGCCAGCCACUGCCCUGUGGGAGGCCAAGCUGGCCCCAGGCCCUGCUUUGCCCUGUGCAUGCUGAGGACACGGCCUGGCUGCAGCAUGCUGCAUGCCACAGCCCCUUGCCCCGCUGCCCUACCCAGCCUGGACCUCAGGCCCGAGCCGGUGAGCACCCCUGUCCUGUCCUGAGCUGGCCUCUGGAGGGCCGACCUGCCUGACCCUGUCUGCUCUCUGGUGGGGCCUGACCUGGCCUAACCUGGCUCUCUCCACUCCUGCUUUGCUUCGAAAUCAUCUUACCUCUUUCCCUUUUUGAUCCCUGUGCCUCCUUGCUCUGGCUGACUUGGCUGGUCACCCGGGUUUGGUUCCUGUAGCAAUCCACUGCACAGCAUGGUGGGGAUUUCAUGGGGGUAGGGGGACACCUCCCCCAACACCUGUUAGAUCAGGUGGCCCCCUCCCAGCUGCCUGAGGCCCUGUGGCCUCAUGCUGUUUGUGGGGUCUGCCCUGUGAAUGUAACUAGCUCAGGCUGUUGUUGGCAAUGCCUGCCACAGCUUCUCGCAGCCUGAAACAACCCAUUGUCUAAUAAGUUACAUAGACAGAAUAGCACUCUGCAUGACUUAAAUUCCUGGGACAAAAUGGUAGUUUGAGCCUCCAGACACACAUCUGUGUGGUGCUAGCAUAUGCAUGGUCUCUGGCCCCAUUUGAUGGGGGUGGGUGGCUAGGUAGGUAGUAGAAGGUUUCAAUGUGAAGUAUGGAAGGAGACUAGUGUGACCUCCCCCAAAGUGCAUUCCUGGUCUCUGAGGCCUCAGGCUGCCCCUCGAAUCCCUGUGUGUAGGACUGAGGGGACCAAUAGGAAGGGCUGGGCUUGCCUUGGGGGUGGAGCUCUGGUUGGGGUGGGUCUAGCCAUCUGACUGUAGACUACUUUGCUGGGCCAACUGUGCUCUUGUCCUCUCCUCUUUGAGGUUCCACUUAGGGUCCAGCCUGAUGGAAGUGGGUGGCUGGGACAGGGAAAGGAAGGCAGUGGCUGUCAGCGCUGAUGUUUCAGUGUGAGGCGUGGGGGUGGGGCAUAAGAGCCCAUGCACACCCUCUGUGUGGAGCUUGGGGAUAAAGGGUGGCAACCGGGUAGGCCAUAGAGCCGGGCCCCUGGCACCAAGGCUACAUGUUUUAGAAAAGUUCUUCAGAGUGAAUGAAUUGGUGAGACAAGCCAGCUCCCUGAGGGGCCUUUUGUCCUGUUAGCAAUUGAGGCAUUUGCAGAACACUGUACAGACCCCACUCUCCCCUGUACAUUCCUCCCUGGUGGUGCCCAGUCCCCUCGGGGAUGGGAGUUUUGUAGACUGUACAGAAAUUGGCACCCUAUUUUCUUGCAGCUCUCAGAUUUUGUUAAUCUGGAUUAUACAGACAGACGUAAAGUGUUUUAGCAAAAUGGAAAACAAACAGUUGUGCCUUUUUCCUCUUUUCUGUUUGGAUUGGUCUCGGCUCGGGGCUAGUCUUAGCUGUUGUGGGGGUGUAGGGACUACUGGUGUCUGGGGGGGGGGGUGGGUCAGAGGCUGCUGGUGUGUCUGAGGCCCGGGUGGACCUAAGUGGGAGCCAGGUCUGCCAAAUACCACCAGCUGCCAAAACUCUGAUCCCGUGCCUUUGGGGCCUGUAGUCUUUGGGAUUGGAAAGACACCGGGAUGGGUCAGGGCAGAGCCUGGGGAUCCUGCAGCCACCCAUGUCUCCUUGAUACUGACCUGGGAUGAACUCAUAGUAGCUUCUUCCAUCCUAGGAGCCUGGGGGGGAAGGUGUGGCUCUUCUGCCCAAGAGGAUCUCUUCCUGCUGAACAGCCCAUGGGUAAAGGAAAGCUUGCUGGGCUCUUGAUUAUUCCUUGUCUGCCUUCAGUUACUGCCAAGACUUGGUAGAGAUGCUGGGAAGGGGUGAUGGGGUAGGUUCCAACUGUACCAGGAUGGAACUUCACCAGGAAGUAUGUAGCUUGGCAGGGCCUAAGGCCCUGGAGGCAAAUCUGUCUCCCUGGGCUGGAGGGAGCUGAGCAUGCUCAUGACUGGGCCUGGGCCUGUCCACUUCAUCCCAGCCGGGGCUUAAGUGCUCUGUCCAUGUGCACUGAUGUGACUUUGUUUGUCGGGAUUCUGAUGUUUCUUCUACCUCGAUGGAGGCCCUCCUCCCUGCUCCACCUGGUGGCAUGUGCUUGGCACAGCUCCUCUGAGUUUGCUGGCCAUCUCCUCCUCCCUUGGGCCUCCAAGGUGGCCAGCACCUGUACUCUAGGCCUGGAAAGGUCCAGGGAAGGCCAGCCUGGGGUCUGGCCCUGUGCUCAGGAUCUGUGGCUUCCAGGAGUCCUAUUGUUUGCUUGGAAGCCUCUGUUUUAGAGUAGAGAGGGUAGAAGAGGUGGUGGAGUGCUCCCACAGCACAGACCUGGUGCACCACUGCCUAGGCACAUGUCUUUGUAGUGCCUAGUCUCUGCUGUCGCCAGGAGGCUGGCCUGCGUGUGCUAAGCUCUGGUCCCUGAAGGUGGGGUGGCACACUCCUGAGUGUCGUGAGGCCAAGCCCUGGCAACCUCUCUUCUGUUCUGCUCUCACCCAUGUGCUCACCCUUUACCCUAGCACUGCCCUGGGGCUGGGCAGCAGCUGACGGAUGUGUUAACAGGGCUGAGGAGGUAGAUGGCUGGGUCUGGGAGAAGACGUGGCGGGGAGGCCCUGUGGAUAACAGGCUGGUGGUCUCAGGGGCUUGGACAGUUCCCAUCCUGCACUGGUACCCUUCAUCAGAGAAGUAGUCAGGGACACACCUGAAGGGAACUUGGGCUUUGGCCUGAUGUCUGGGACUCUUUAAGCCACAGUAUCCUCACUAGCUGCUGGAAAGUAUCCUUCCCAUUCCCACUUGCCUCUGCCAGCCCCAGAUGGCAGCCCAGUCACCGCUUCCUGGAGCUGGCUUCCAGGACUGCCUGUGGCUAGAGACCCUGGGACAGAGGUUUCUGGGUCUUGCUGGUGCCUGGGGCUUCUUGGGGCUGGGCAUGACUUCCUAGCUGGGUAGGAGCUGUGCAGGACCCAUGAGGCUACCUUCCUGUCAGGGACCAAGGUGCAGCCUGAGAGCUGACCUGAGGUGGCUGUCUCCCUGUCUGUGGUGGCACUGUUGCCCGCACCUGCUGCUCCCCGUUCUCUCAGUUGGUUCUGGCCUCAGCAAUGGUCCUGUCCUUGGCUCUUGGCUACACUGCUGGGUAUGGGCAGACCGUGGGCUGUGUUGCUCUUUGGUGCUGCCAUCACCGUGCUUCCAGCAGGGGUGGGGUCCAUGGAAGGUGGGUAGAGCUUGCCUGGGUCUGGGUAGAAGAUGAGCCUUGACUUACCACUGUUGGAUGUAUUUUUAAAAAAAAAACAGCAAUAAUUAGCCAUUUUAAAGAAGGGGUAUACCUGCAUAAAUGUGCAUACCUAUUUGUGUAUGUGCAUCUGUGCACACAUGUGUGAGCAUGUGCAUCGGAGAGUACAUGUAUACAUGCGUGAACAUCGUAUGAAUAUGUGCAUGUGCUCAUUUGACUACAUGUGCCCAAGAAAUCACAUUCAUGUGUUUCACGUGUGUCAGCAUGUGCGAGUAUUUGUGUGUGCAUCUCCAUAUGUGUAUGGGUGUGUGCAUGUGUGUGCAUCUCCAUAUGUGUAUGGGUGUGUGCAUCUCCAUAUGUGCAUGGGUGUGUGCAUGUGUGUUGUGUGUGGGAGGGAAUCAGCGGGAACUCUGAUCUGGGAGGCACUUUGUGGUAAGAAGCAGGGUCUGUGUUUGUCUCUCACUGUGCCCAUUCCCUCCCUCCCCUGCCCAGCUCCAUGUGAAUGUAGCAUAACCCCACCAGGACAACUGAGCCUCUGCCGGCCCUCACUUCUGCCCAUCCCCCCUCAGCUGAGGGUAGGGUAGAGGAGCUGGAGGCCCUUUGGACAGGACACAGAAUGGGUUUGGUCAGGGUGCAGGUGUGACACAGUGGUAGAUCUCACUGUUGUGGUUUGUUCCUGAUUUUGUACUGUGAGCCCAUGAUGGGGGUGGGGUGUCCUGAGACCCCAGGAUGUGCCAAAAUAGCCCCUAGGGCCAGGUGACGAGCCGAGUUCCCAAGAAGACAGGCUGGGGGCCCAAGUGGGUGUGUGCCCCUGCCUGCACAGCCCCCAAUGCUGCUGUUUUUCAAUAAAAUCAGAAUUGAAGGAA